AUGGAUGUGUUCAGUGGUUACAAUCUCGAUUACUUCCCCGAAAACCUCUUAAUAGAUAUAUUGUCUUUUCUUGGAGUUCGGGAGCUCGUAAGAGCUGGGAGAGUCUGUAAGAGAUGGAGGCGCCUGGUGAAAGACCAGAGGCUGUGGAGGGUCGUGGAUCUGACAGCGUGGAAAGGAGUCACAUCUCGGAUACUGUGGGUUCUACUCCGCCAAUACUUGGGUUGUGGUUUACGGUGCCUCCGGAUGCGUGGCUUGCUGCUAUCUGCCAGAGGAGGGACGUUUCUGUCUGAGUCCUGGUUAAAAGCUUUGUCCACCAAGUGCCCUCGUUUGAGAAGACUCUGCCUCCUGCACGCUGAUCUCCGCAGUCUGCCUUCAUGCCAGAUUCUUCCUCCAUCACUGCAAGUCUUGGAGCUGCGUGGCUGUGAGCUCGCCCGUGGCUUCUUUGAGCAAACGCUGCCAACCACAGCCCCUAACAGUGACUCAGAGGCUGCAACCAGUCGGGACAGAGCUGGGAAAGCUCCAGCUCUGUCUGGAAUCACUAUUGAGAGUUUGAUUCUUAACAAUGUGCCAUCGUUUACAGACCAGCACCUUCAGAGUUUGACGUCAUGGCAAAAACUUAGCCACUUGGAGUUGCGUGACACAUUUAGAAUAACAGCAAAUGGUUUGAGAAACUGCGCUGCCAAAGACGGUGUGUCUGGUUUGGAAGGGCUUUUCAGGCUUAAGAGUUUGGAGUUGGGCAUCACCGGUCGACAGGGCUAUCACCUGCAGAUGGCCUCUCUGGGUUUAGGGUCAGGUUGGCUGGGCCUGGAGCAGCUGAGUCUGGGAGGUAAAGAAGUGGGGCCCGGUCUGCUCUGUGCCAGUCGGCUGAAAGACUUGAAACACUUGUGUCUCUGGUCUUGCUCUUUAUGUAAUUUACAAAUCUGUAAAAGCUGCCGAAUGCUCCGAGGGCUGCGGCGCCUUGAGUUUUUAGACGUGGUUUUCCAGCCUCGCCAGUGUCCGUCAGAGGAGGGCAAUGCUGAAGAGGAGCAGGAUGGAGAGGAGGCCGCGAGUGACGACAGCGGCACCAAUGAAAAUCGCAAAAUGGAAGUCGUGGAUCCUAUUCCCAGUUUGCGGCGCACUCUGGGGACUAUGCUUCCAUCCUGCACUCUGGUUUUCACCAAUUGCUCAGUUCAGAGCAGCGCAGAAUAA